UAAUAUCGGUAUUACAGUUACAACGUUUCCGUAAAAUACUAAUGGAAAUAAAUACGAUACAAUUUAUAUUAGUAUAACAAAUAAUAAGAAGAAUCAAUGUACUUGUAAUCUAUCCGAAAUAAAUCCGAAAUAUAAAUUGAUCGAAUACUUGAAGCUUAUACGGUGUCAUUCGGUACUUUUCCCCUUCGGUUUGUAUUUUUAACAUUAUUAAUCUGAUAAUGGAUGAAAUUAGCAAUUGGGAAGAAAUAGAAACUGAUGAUUUUUUAAAACAGUUUCUUGAUGGUAAAUCUAAAAAAGCUGAUGUUAAUCAAGUACUGUCGGUAGCUAAACAAAUAAAUAAGUUAGGACAAGCUAUCGAAAUACUAAACAGCGAAUUACAAAAACAAGUGUUAGCCAAUCAUGAAGAUUUAUUAUCGCAAGCAACAUGGGUUGAAAAAUUGGAAGGAGUGCUUUCAAUAAUGCAAUCUCAUGUUCAGAGCUUGUUAUCAGCUGUAGAACGUUUACGUGGAAAGAUUGUUGAUCCUUUUAACAGAAUUGAGACACAAACAGUUGUUUUAGCAAGACUUCAUGAGACUUCUGAUUUGUUAAGGAGAGUUGCUAGAAUGCAACAUUUAUCAAAACGUUUAUAUUCUCAAAUGACAAAUAAUGUACAAGGACCUGAUAUUAUAAAAGCUGCCAAUAGUCUUCACGAACUAGAACAGUUAAUGAUGGAUACAGAUUUAAAUGGCUUAGAUGUUAUAGCUGAUGAUCAGCAAGCUGUAAAAGCUCAUAGAAUGACAGUACAAAGACUAGCAACUCAUACAUUAACUCAAGGUUUACAGACAAUGGAUAGAGGAAAAAUUAGUACAGCUGUACAAGUAUUCGAAAAUUUAGGAAUUGUAAAUGGAGCUAUAGACAACAUUAUGGAUUCUGCUUUAUCUGAAAUUGAAAAGAUUGCUACAGAAUCUUUAGAUGUGACUUUAGCAUCGAAUCAUGAUUUUGGAAAAAGAGGAGCACCUGGAAGGGCUGCCAUCCCUUCUCCUGGUUCUUCUGGAAAUUUACGUACACGAAUUUGGGAAAAUCUUGAAAGACUUUUUCAAGAUACGCUGUAUACACAUUGUUUACAAAUUGAAUUAUUACAAAGAAUAUUAUUAGAACACCAUAUAAAAGGAUUAGACGAAUUAUCGCAAAAAUUUUGGGACAGAGUGAAUUGUCUACUUUCCAAAGUAUUAAUCGAACGUGCUCAAGGAUCAUCAUUUGUAAAACAGGCAUUAGAAGGUGAAUAUCCAAAAUUUUUAAGAAUAUUUUUAGAUCUAAGUAAACGAUUAAAAGAAAGAUCACGAAGUAUUGGCAUAUAUCAUAUUGAUCGUAAUGUAUUAUUACCUUUUGAAAAUGCAUAUUUAUCACGUUCUGUAUCGCGUUUAUUGGACCCUGUACAUACUAUGUUUUCUGGAGAGGGAUUACCGACGCAGGAUGAAAUUGAUAGUCUCAUACGCACAGUAACAAACGAAUUGAGUGUAUCGUUAGUUGACGAUGGUCUUUCAAUAGUGGUUGCUCGAAAUGUAGGCAAGGCUAUAAGACUUUUCUGUUUAAAAUGUGAACAAGGAUUACUCGUGGGUGGAGAAGCUAGUCAAGUGAUUGAUUCUCCUACUACUGUACAACAGACAAACGUGUUACUUGCAAAUCUGCUCUAUUAUCUUUCUAGUCAAAUAAGUCGUGUAAUAGCAAAUUUAUCUACUGGCUUACCAUCCGAAGGAAGCACGGUGAUUACUGUAGCUCUUAAAGAAACUGAUGAAUUAACGAAAAAUAUAUUAUCGCCAUUGUUGGCUUCUAUCAGUGAUGCCAUUGAAAGUAUUAUUUUAACGAUGCACGAUGAUUCAGAAUUUCGAGAUCCUAGUAGUCCUUUGGGAAAAGAGAUAAAUUGUUCGCUUUAUAUGCGUGAAUUACAAGGAUUUAUUUUAAGAUCUGUAAACACAUUUCUCGUACCAUAUAAAAAUCAAGCGGUUGUUGCCGAAUGCUGUAAGACUGUUGCUUCACGGUGCAUUGAACUUUUCCUAAGACACGCUUGCUUGUUAAGACCAUUAACAGAUUUUGGGAAAGCAAAGCUUAUCGCUGAUUUCAAUCAGAUAGAAGUAGCUGUUGCUCCAUUAUGUAGAGGUGGACAACUCGGAUCAUCGGAACAACAACAGUAUAGAACACUAAGAGCAUUGAAAGCAUUGAUUCCGUUUAAUCCUGAUGAAAUUGUUCAUAAAAUUUUAGAAGAUGAUGGAGACUGCGGCAUACCCCGUUCUCUCGUUCUUUCGCAUUUAUUUUCUACAGCACCCCCUGAAUUAGUGUCUCCGCAUCAGAACGCAAAUUGGUCGGUGGGACGACUAUCACAAUGGAUGGAUAAUCAUCCAAAAGAAAGAGAUAGAAUAAGCUUUUUUAGCGGAGCUUUGGAACGUUAUCAAUUAACUGUCAGACAACAGAAUCUUCCAACAUUUCAUCCCUUAUUUCCAUUAAUGAAAAAAUUAACUAAUUCAAAUGGACAUUAAAAAUCUAAUGCGUAUGUUACGAAAGAUAUGUAUCAUAUUGUAGGAGGGUUCGAGGUAGAUGAAAUCACAGUUUCGUUAAGUGAUCAACUAAUAAGUUUGAAUAUAUACUCUUUUAGAGAAAUAUAU